GGCCACGCCCCGGCCCCAGCCCGUCAGCCGCGCGCCCCGGGACCCUAGAGCCGGCGGUUCCUCGCCGGCGCCCCAGCCGCCACUCUGGGUCGGACACUGCGGGCCUUCGGCCUGGAGCGCGUGCGUGUCGCACAGACCAGGCUCCUCCGCGGGGCGGCGCAGGAGCUCCUGGGAAACGUAGUUCGGCCUCGCGUCCCCCUCGGGCGGGACCGCGGACGCCUGGAGGCAGGCACGGAGGACGGAGUUUCGCUCUUUGUUGCCCAGGCGGGAGUGCAAUGGCGCGAUCUUGGCUCACCGCAACCUCCGCCUCCCGGGUUCGAGUGAUUCUUCUGCCUCAGUCUUCUGAGUUGCCGGGAUUACAGACAUGAGCCACCAUGCCCAGCUAAUUCUGUAUUUUUAGUGGAGAUGGGGUUUCUCCAUGUUGGUCAGGCUGGUUUGGAACUCCCGACCUCAGGUUAUCCGCCCGCCUCGGCCUCCCAAAGCUCUGGGAUUACAAGCGUGAGCGACCGCACCCGGCCCUGACUCAAUUUUUUAAAAGUCUCAUUGAUUAGGUUUUUUAGUUCGUAUUCUGUUUUAGAUACCUUUCCUAGAUAAUUGUUUUUAAUCUAAUUUUUCAAAUUUAUUGGCAUAAAAUUGCCCAUGCUAUUUUAUCACUGUAGGUAAUUUCUAUGGUGAUUUUUAAAAUCACCACUUUUUAAUAUUUUAAAAUAACUGCUGUAAUUGUUAUUUUUUUCUUUUUUGAACCUAAUUAUCUAGGCCUUUUUUUCUUGAUUACUCCUAUAAGGUAUAUGUGUACAUUAGUCUUUUCAAAAAUGUAGAUUUGGUUUUGGUUUUUUUGUUGUUUUGUUUUGGUCUUUUUUGGGGAGGGGGGUCCUAUUACAGUAAGUUUUGCUCUUAAUUUUUAAAUUUUUCUUUUACUUUGUCUCUGUUUUUCUACUUUUUUUUUUUUCAAGACAGAGUUUCACUCUGUCUCCAGGCUGGAGUGCAGUGGCGUGAUCUCGGCUCACUGUAGUCUCUGCCACCCGGAUUCAAGCGAUUCUCCUGCCUCAGGCCCCACCACGCCCGGCUAAUCCAGCUAAUUUUUGUUUUUGUUUGUUUGUUUGUUUUUGAGACAGAGUCUCUCUCUUGUCACCCAGGCGAGAAUGCAAUGGCAGGAUCUCGGCUCACUGCACCUUCCACAUCCCGGGUUCAAGCCAUUCUCCUACCUCAGCCUCUGGAAUAGCUGGGAUCACAGGCGCACACUGCCAUGCCCGGUUAAUUUUUUGUAUUUUUUAGUAGAAACGGGGUUUCACGGUGUUGGCCAGGCUGGUCUCGAACUCUUGAGCUCAGGCAAUCCGCCCGCCUUGGCCUCCCGAAGUGCUAGGAUUACAGGCGUGAGCCACCGUGCCUGACCAUCUGCUUCUUGAUUUGACUGGGGAAGACUUCGGGUGAAAUGCAUCCCUCCUGUGACUGGAUUGGAGACACCAGAACAGAAACAUCCUGGUCUCUCGUCUCUACUGUGCAGGCUUAUGUACUCAUAAAAUGGCAGUUAUGGACCUAUCCUCCCCAUGGGCUUUAACUAAACAGGACUCUGCCUGUUUCCAUCUGAGAAAUGCUGAAGAAGAAAGGAUGAUUGCUGUAUUUCUGACAACCUGGUUACAGGAACCAAUGACUUUCAAAGAUGUAGCUGUGGAGUUCACUCAGGAGGAGUGGAUGCUGCUGGAUUCUGCUCAAAGAAGUCUGUACAGAGAUGUGAUGUUGGAAAACUAUAGAAAUCUCACCUCCGUGGAAUAUCAAUUGUGCGGGCUUACUGUGACCUCCCCAUUGGAUCAAGAAGAGAUAAGGAAUAUGAAAAAGAGAAUUCCCCAAGCCAUCUGUCCAGACCAGAAGAUUCAACCUAAAACCAAAGAAUCAACUGUGCAGAAAAUUUUGUGGGAGGAACCAUCCAAUGCAGUGAAAAUGAUAAAACUCACAAUGCAUAAUUGGUCCUCCACAUUAAGAGAAGACUGGGAAUGCCAUAAGAUCAGAAAACAGCAUAAGAUUCCAGGGGGACAUUGGAGGCAAAUGACAUAUGCCCCAAAGAAAACAGUAUCUCAGGAGCUAUUCCGUGACUAUCAUGAAUUAGAGGAAAACUCUAAACUUAGAUCAAAACUUAUUUUUUCACAGAGCAUUUUCACGAGUAAACAUUGCCAAAAAUGUUACUCAGAGAUUGGAUGUUUGAAACACAAUUCAGUCAUAAACAAUUAUGUGAAAAACUCUAUAAACGAGAAGCUCUAUGAAAGUCAUGAAUGUGAUACAACUCUAUGGCAUCUUCAGAGAAAUCAAACAGUACAAAAAGAGUACACAUAUUCUAAACAUGGAAUGCACUUCACACAUAAUAUGUUUCCUGUACCUAACAAUUUGCAUAUGGCACAGAAUGCCUGUGAAUGUAAUAAAGAUGAAACGCUGUGUCAUCAAUCAUCCCUUAAGAAACAAGGACAAACUCAUACUGAAAAGAAACAUGAAUGUAAUCAAUGUGGAAAAGCCUUCAAAAGGAUUUCUAAUCUUACUUUAUACAAGAAAAGUCACAUGGGUGAGAAACAAUAUGAAUGUAAAGAAUGUGGUAAAGUGUUCAAUGAUUCCUCAACCUUAAGGAGACAUGUAAGAACUCACACUGGAGAGAAACCCUAUGAAUGUAAUCAGUGUGGAAAAGCUUUCAGUCAAAAAACAUCCCUUAAGGCUCACAUGAGAACUCACACUGGAGAGAAACCUUAUGAAUGUAAUCAGUGUGGAAAAUCCUUUGGCACAAGCUCUUACCUUAUAGUGCACAAGAGAAUACACACUGGAGAAAAACUCUAUGAAUGCAGUGAGUGUAGAAAAGCCUUCAACACAAGCUCUCACCUUAAAGUUCAUAAGAAAAUUCAUACCGGAGAGAAUCUUUAUGAAUGCAGUGACUGUGGGAAAGUUUUCAGUGGCCUCUCAUCCCUUAGAAUGCAUAUAAGAACUCACACUGGAGAGAAACCCUAUGAAUGUAAGGAAUGUAGGAAAGCCUUCAGUGUUUCCUCUUCCCUUAGGAGGCAUGUGAGAAUUCACACUGGAGAGAAACCCUAUGAAUGUAUUCAAUGUGGAAAAGCCUUCAGUCAGAGCUCUUCACUUAUAAUACACAAGAGAAUUCAUACUGAGAGAGAAACCCUGUAAGUGUUAUGAAUGUGGAAUUGCUGUUUUCAUUGUCUUAAGGUGGAUUCUAAGCUCCUUGUCUCAGUCUUUGUUCUCUAAAAUAACCAUUUAAGGUUACAAAUGGCUCUUUUUUUAAUAUAACAUUUUGUUCUAUAAAUACUAAUUAUGACUUUUUUUGAUCCAUGGCUAUUUAGAAUUAGGUAUUUUUAAUAUGUGAGGUAGGUAUAUUUGCAGUUAUCUUUUUAUUGUUGGUUUCUAGGUUAAUUCCAUUGUGUUCAGAGAAUCUGGACUAUAUUUUACUGCUUUGUUGGUGUUUUUAUGAAAGUUAUUUUCUGGCCCAGUGAGACUGCUAUUGCUAGCAGCCAACCAAACAUUUGAGCUCAUCUUUCCUUACUAAUGAAUUCCAUCUUAGCCAAGAACAAUAAGAUCUCUGGUUAUAGAACUGUUCUUUGGCUUCUUGUAGCUAAGGGUAGCCAUAUCAUUCAUUCUUGCUGAUUCAAAAAUAGACAUACCACUGGGAACAGAACUAUCUAUCUUGUCCUCUACUUUUUGCACUUCAUCUUUGUCCCUAUGAAUUGGCCAUUCCUGAAGCUGCUGAAAGAGCUAUCUUGUGAUCAUGAAAAUGACAACUGUAGCUGAGGGAUGAAGUAGAAGAAAGAGAUCCCUGUUCCUCAAAGAAAUCUUUAAAUAGUUGUACCAGCCCUGCACUACUUGUAUCUGGACAUGUUCCUACGUGAGAAAAAUAAGGUUUUUUGUUUGUUUGUUUUUUGAGAUGGAGUCUCGCUCUGUUGCCCAGGCUGGAGUGCAGUGGCACAAUCUCAGCUCAUUGCAACCUCCAUCUCCCAGGUUCAAGUGAUUCUCCUGCCUCAGCCUCCUGAGUAGCUGAGAUUACAGGCACCACCGUCAUGCCUGGCUAAUUUUAGUAUUUUUAAUAGAGACAGGGUUUCACCAUGUUGGCCAGGCUGGUCUCAAACUCCUGACCUCAGGUGAUCCACCCACCUAGGCCUCCCAAAGUGUUGGCAUUACAGGUGUGAGCCACUGUGCCCAGCCGAGAAAAAUAUGUUAAUUGAUUUUUUCUUUUUUCUUUUUCUUUUUUUUUUUUUUUUUUCAAUUUUUCAGACAGAGUCUCUGUCUCUCAGGCUAGAGUGCAGUGGUGUGGUCACUGCUCAUUGCAACCUUGACCUCCUGGUCUGGUCUCAGGUGAUCCACCACAGUCUCCUCAGUAGUUGGGAUCACAUAUGCGUGCCACCAUGCCUGGCUAAUUUUAUAAAUAUAUAUUUUGUAGAGACAGGCUCUUCCUACAUUGCUCAGGCUGGUCUCAAACUCCUGGGCUCAAGCAGUCCUCCUGCCUUUGCCUCCCAAAGUGCUAGGAUUACAGGCAUGAGUUACCAUGCCUGGCUCUUACUGAUUUUUUUUUAAAGCACUACAUAAAUACAGUCAACGCAGUCACCAUAUUGUAGAAAAACAGAGGUAUAUAGAGUUCAAUGUUUUAUGUUGGAUGUACACAUUUGAAGAGGAACAUAGAAAAAAGUAUGGAAAAGGAAUGUUGACCGAGCUUUUAUGCUUAAGCAGCAGAUGAAGAUAGAACCAAGAUCACUGAAAGCAAGUGUUUAGAACAGCAAAAAGAGUAUCCCAACAUUUCAGCAUUGGAACUACAGAAAGUUUCAGAUAGAGGGGAAGUUACCAGUUUUAAAUGCUAAGUAAAGCAUGAGAUUUUGCUGCUUGAUCUUGUAGAUACUGACCAGAUUAGUUCUAACAAAAUAUGGAAAGAGUGGCAUACGGUGGAAGAAAGAACAGCAGUAGCUGCUGUUGUAGUUAUUCAUGUUAGCCUCAGAGGAUGGUGAGACAUCCAGAUGAAGAGGUUGGUAUGCAAUUCUAGAACUGAGGAGGUGUCUAGAUAGAGAUAUAAAUUUUAGUGACAUCAGUAAAGAGACAAUAACAGGCUUUGGAAGGUGAGUAAGAAUGAAAAGGGAAUGUCUGCCACCUACCCUGAAGACAUACAUUUAAAGGAACCAUAGUAGAGAGUUAAGAGGAAAACAAGAAGAGUGGAGUUUCACUGAACCAAGACAAACGAGUUUCAAAAAGGAAGGUGAAGUUGGCCGGGUGUGGUGGUUCAUGCCUGUAAUCCUGGCACUUUGAGAGGCUGAGGUGGGUGGAUCGCAAGGUCAGGAGAUCGAGACCAUCCUGGCCAACAUGGUGAAACCCUGGUUCUACUAAAAUACAAAAAUUAGCCGGGUGUGGUGGCACACGCCUGUAGUCCGAGCUACUCAGGAGCUGAGGCAGAAGAAUCACUUGAACCCGGGAGGCAGAGGUUGCAGUGAGAUGAGAUCUCACCACUGCACUCCAGCCUGGUGACAGAGCAGGACUUUGUCUCAAAAAAAAAAAAAAAAAAAAAAGGAAGGUGAAGGCAACUUUUUAGUGUUACUUAGGGAUCCAAUUAGAUGAAGUCUAAAAAGGUAGAUAUACAGCCAUGUGAAGAUCAUUUGUGAUUGUAGUUGGAAAUAACAUAGUGGUACAUUGAAGAUGGUUGCUAGAUUGGGCUGACUUUAGGAAUCAAUAAAGGGCAAAGAAGUAAAGACUGGAUGUAGACAAGUUUGAAUAAUAGGAGAAAGGGCAGUAACUGGAGAGAGAUUUGGAGUAAAGAGAUAAUUGUUUAAAAUAUGAAAAACUAGAACAUGUUUGAAUUUUAGUGUGAUGAAUGUAGUAUGGUGAGGUUUAAUAUGCAGCUUAAUAAAGUUUAAUAUAAGCUUCUGAGAAUAGGGUGUAGAUGUUUAGAGCACAAACAAAAGUAUUGGUGUUUGCCAUGAGGCGGAGGGAUACUUCCACCAUUCUUUCAGGAGUAGAAAAAUGGGUGGGUUGGUUUAAAUUACCUGUUAAUUUAUUUACACCUAACUGUACUAAGCAGUGAUCAGAAUAUGUGAACUAUAUAAUGUUUUGUGUUUCCUAAGAACUGUGUGGCAGCCACUAAUUACUAACCAAAUAUAUAUAUAUUUUAUUCUUUAUGAAUAGAUCUUCAGUUUUGCUAACAGUAGUAUUGUAUUUAGCUACAAAACUACUUAUCCCAACCUCUUUGUAGCCUUGAUGCCAUUUCUACUGUUCCUGGCCAAUAAAAUAUAGAUAUAUGAUUAUAGGUUUCAUGGUAAGAUUAUCUGCUAAGAGGAAGGUGGAUGAAAUACUGCAAGGAGGUUUUAGUGAAGAAGAUCUCUAUGUAUUUGAAAGUCCUUCCAAGUUAUCAAUAGAGCCAUCAGUGGAGAAGACAGCAAAGCAAGUAGCAAAGUGUAUGUGAAUGAGGAGAGGUCAUUUAAAUAAAAGAUAGCAAGGAAGAGAGGGAGAAAGUGGUAUAACUAGAUGGUAUGAGCUUCAAAGGAAGGAGUGGUUUUCACCAGGCUGCAAUGGUUAGAAGCAGUGUUAGGAAGCAAGGAAGAUACUGAUCCCACUUCCAACCUGUGGAUAUGUGGGAUACAUGAGAAUAAGCCCCCUUGUGAUGUGACUGUUGUCAGAUAGGUGUUUUUUUCUUCCCAGGGAACAGCCAAGUUUAAAUUAAUGAAAGGAAAUGUUCAGGGAAAUAGUUGAGGAUAUUAAGGGAGUUUAUUAGGGGAAUCUCAAGAGGGCACCAUGAAAGAGUCUCCAGAAGGGCAGGGGUUUAGGGUUUCUGGCUUUGGCCUGAGGAAUACAGAAGAUUGUAAUGACAGUAUUGAUAGAGGAAAAAAGACCGAUCAGGGGCUAUGACCAGUGAAAACAAAAUUUAGAGGGAGUAUAGGUUAAAUCCCAGCAGUCUAUAAGAAGAUGAUGGGUAUUUAGAUCUAAUAGGAUUCAUUUGUAGCUUGGAAAGGAGAGCCUGCAGUCAUGCUGUGAAACCAAGUGGUUUCAGGUGUUAGCAGCCCUGGUGGGUAUAGCAGUAGCCAUCAGUAGUUAGAAAAUGGUCGCAACUGGCUGGGUGCAGUGGCUCACGUUUGUAAUCCCAGCACUUUGGGAGGCCAAGGCAGGUGGAUCACGAGGUCAGGAGAUCGAGACCAUCCUGGCUAACAUGAUGAAACCCCAUCUCUACUAAAAAUACAAAAAAUUAGCCAGGUGUGGUGGCGGGCGCCUGUAGUACCAGCUACUCGGGAGGCUGAGGCAGGAGAAUGCCGUGAACCCGGGAGGCAGAGGUUGUAGUGAGCCGAGAUCGCGCCACUGCACUCCGGCCUGGGCGACAGAGCAAGACUCCGUCUCAAGAAAAUGCUCCCAACUGCAUGUGGUCCUUGGGUGAGAUCAUCUUAAGGAGUACUCAGCAAGGGAUUGUACUUUGCUUGGUUAGGACUGGAAUUUACACUCUAAUUUUGGCCCAGUGAUCUUGAAACAGAUUGAGCAUCUCAAAUCUGAAAAUCUGAAAUUCAGAAUGCUCCAAAACCUGAAACCUUGUGCGCCGAUGUGACUUUCAAAAGAAAUGCUCAUUGGAGCAUUUAAAAUUUCGGAUUUUCAGAUUUGUGAUGCUCAACUAGUAGGUAUAAUGCAAAUAUUCCAAAAUCCAAAACACUUCUGGUCCCAAGCAUUUUGGAUAAGGAAUACUCAUCCUGUACACCAGCAGGUAGACUCAGGCACAGUCUCGCCCGGCAUCUCACCUGGGUUUUAUUGCAUUAGCCUCCUAACUGGUUUCUCUGACUUGAAUCGUACUUUUCUUUAGUAUGUUUUCUAUGCAGCUGCCAUGGUAUCCUAUUCAAAAAAAAAACAAAACAAAACAAAACUUUGUGGUUUUUAAUUAUAAAACUAAUACAUGCAUAGGAGAAAACAAUGUAAAUAACUUCUGCCCUACACAGAAGGGAAACCCUAGAGUCUACUGCCUUAAAAAAUUAAUAUUGUAGGUGAAUGUGCAUUCUGUCAGACUAUGUACAUACAAACAUUUUAUAAAAAUUCAGUUAUACCUUUUAUCCCACAUCUUUUUUUUUUUUUUUUUUUUUUUUUUUUUGAGAAGGAGUUUUGCUCUUGUUUCCCAGGCUGGAGUGCAGUGGCACGUUCUUGUCUCACGGCAACCUCUGCCUACUAGGUUCAAGCGAUUCUCCUGCCUCAGCCUCCCAAGUAGCUGGGAUUACAGGCAUGUGCCACUACUCCUGGCUAAUUUUGUAUUUUUAGUAGAGACAGGGUUUCUUCAUGUUGGUCAGGCUGGUCUCAAACUCCUAACCUCAGAUGAUCCGCCCGCCUGAGCCUCCCAAAUUGUUGGGAUUGCGAGGCCAUCGCCCCCGGCCUAUCCAACAUCUUUUUAAACAUCUUUCCGUGUCAGUGCAUGUAGUUCUAUUUCAUUUGUAAUAGCUGCUUAGUAUUUGAUUAUAUGCUUGUACCGUAAUGUAUUUGAUCUAUUUGCCUCCAGAGUUUUUAUAACAAUACUGCAACCAAUAAUAUUGUUUAUAUAUUGUGCUUUCCUAUCAACUGUUCUCUACACUUCCCAGGGUGAUCCAUCUAAAGUACUAACCUGAUCAUAUAACAUUUCACUUUUAAUCUUCUUCUAGCCUUUUUCUCCAGUUAAGAUAAAAUCUUUUUACAAGACCUUGCACAAAUUCUUGCCUUUUCAGGCCUCGUCUCUGGUUAUUCCCUUUAUCUUCACUGUCUCCCUAAUUUAACCUGUCCUAUUUGUCCUUUAGGUAUUAUGUCCUUCAUCUGCUUUAACAAUACUUGUCACACUUUCACACUGUAUUGCCUGUUUGUGUAUUGUGCCCUCUACACUGUAAGUUUUGGUAAGGUGGGAACUUUGUCUAAAUUUUUCAUUGUUUUAUUACUUGGCCCAGUGUAGGUGUUCAGUUAAAUAUUUACAGUUCUUCAGCAAAUUUUGUGCCUUUUCUUUUACUUAGCAUUCUAGUGGAAGUUUAACUUAAAAGCUAUUUAAGUGAUUGUAAGGUAAAAGUUGCAAGGAGCAGGGUGCAAUGGCCUGUGCCUGUAGUCCUGUCUACUCUGGAGGCUGAGGUGGGAGGAUUGCUUGAGCCCAGGAGUUUGAGACCAGCCUGAGUAACAUGAGACUCCAUUAUAGUAAAAAUGCAUGGAAUUAAUUUUUCUUCUAGGUAUAGGAAAAUGUUCCACCAUAACAGGUGUGCAGAAACUAAGACUGUUAGGACAACAGCAGUUUAAUGUUAUUUAUAUUAUGUCCCUCUCCUAGUCCUUCUCCUCUCUUCCCUCAUCCCACUCACCACCACCCCAUUCACUACACAAACUUAUUUUUUGUAGAGCUAGUGUUCAUAUUCUGUUCCAUUAUAUAUUAUAAUAUGAAAAGGCAUGAGUUGACCAAGUAUUGGUGAGUGUGUGGUAUACUUGCUUUAGACUACCAAUGGAAGCAUAAAUUAGUACAAACUUACUGGGUGGGUGUGGUGGCUCACAUCUGUAAUUCCAGCACUUUGAGAGGCUGAGGUGAGUAGAUUGCUUGAGCCCAGGAGUUUGAAACCAGCCUAGGCAACAUGGCAAAACCCCAUCUCUACCAAAAAAAAAUUACCCAUGGUAGCAUGAAUCUGUGGUCCCAGCCACUAGGGAUGCUGGGAUAGGAGGAUCACUUGAGCUGCAGUGGGGUUGAGGCUGCAGUGAGCUGUGAUUGCACCACUGCACUCCAGCCUGGGUGACAGAGUAAGACCCUGUCUAAAAACAAAAACAAAAACAAAAACUUGGGAUAGUUAAGCAAUAAAUGUCCAAAGCUGGAAUAUUUAUAAUCUUUAAAUAUUAAAAACCUAGCAAUUUUAAACUGAGAUUUUAUAAAAGGAUUCUUCAUGUAUAAGUAACAAUAUUCACCUCAGUUUCAUGCCCUAGUGAAAAACUGGAAAAUUCCUAAAUUCCCAGUAACAGUCAAUAAAAUGGAAUAUAAUGCCGUCAUUAAAAUGUAAUUCUGUGUGGAUUGACAUGUGGAGAUAUAUUUGAUACAUUAUGAAUUUUAAAUAGUCACAAAAUAUGGUAUGACUUUUUAAUGCAUGUUAUAAAUAUGUGUGUGUGCAUUGAAAAUAUGGAAAGACAUAACACCAAAGUUUUGUCAAUGGUUAUUUAUGUCAUAAUUUUUUUUCUUUUGUCUUUUUUUAAGAUGUCUAGUUUAGUG